AUGAAUAUCUCAAUCAAGGAGAGCCUAGAACACGUUUGCAGGGUGUUCAACUUUUUUGGCAUAGACUACAUAACGGCAGAUUUGCUCAGAAGAGGAAAGUACGAGAAAAAUGGGAAGAGGAGGAAGAAGGUUAUCAUUUGUUACAACUUUCUCAUUAAUGAUUUGUCCCUACUGUAUUGUUUUGGCUUUAAGAGGAGGUUCAAACCGACCUACAGCGCGUACGUAGAGAAAGAAAUUUCCAGGGUGGAGCAUGAAAUAUUUUCCAGGGGAAAGGAUGAUUCGGGGUGUACUACAUCGGGAAGGAAAAUCCCCUCAGGUUGGAAUGGCGACGUAGGAAAUACUCCCUGGGGAGAAGAAUGCACCUACCCUAAUGACGAAGACGAAACAGAUGAUGAAGAUGGAAAUGGAGAAGACAACUUCGUGGAAGAACUAGGAAUGGAUAAUGCUCCUUAUGUAGAUAACCUUAAUAUAAUCUCCCCCAUGGCUGUGCUUCUUCUUGAAUAUUUUGAGUACCCCAGACUGUUCCACCUUCUUAAGUGCAAUUUUCAAAUGUGUAAGGAGCUCCUCCUAUGUAUUGGGUUCCUAAUCGACUGCACCAAAUUAUUUGAGCACUAUGAUAAGAGGCAGACAUUUUAUGAGUCUUUUUUCCGGGAUCUCAGAUGUGGUAUGAAGCCAAGGGGAGGACGAAGUACCUCUACCCGACAGAGAACAAACCAGAUGCAGGAAAAAACGAUGGAAAAGUCAAACGAAGAAGAGGAAGAUUACUUUCACGUAAUAAAUGAAGCCAUGCUUCUGCUUUCGAACCGACCCUACGAUUUGGAACUUUUCCAGUAUAGACACAUGUACAAGUUUCUGAAUGAGCAAAAAGGUAGAACCCAAAUAAGGGGUGACAGAAAAAUCAAGGGGCAUGAACCCUUAGGAGGAGAGUUCAGAAGACCGAGUGAACAUAGCGAAAAUGAGUACUUAAAAAAGAGGAACACCAUGUUCUCUGCAAAACGGGAGAGUGAACCCUUCAGUCAGAAGAAAAGCAUAUGUACGAAGGUGUACGACGAUUGUGUCGACCCGGAGGGAUGGGAUUCACCUAAGGGGGAUGCAACUUCCAUGGAAGAGGAACUCACUUUAGAGGAAUACGUAACCUACGACUACGCAACAUACCAAGAAAAUUUCAUCGAUAGAUAUGGGCGCACUUCCGGUAUGUUGGAAGACUUAACAGAGGGGGCUUCAACAGGAAGUACUUCCAACCGAAGCAACGGAAGUGAAAACUUGCGCGUGGUCGCAGAUGACGAUGUCAAAAUGUAUAUCCCUGAGUUGACACGAAACGUCAACAAGCAUACCAGUCAGUUGAUACAACUACAGAGGAAAAUAAGACAACGCAUAAACCAUAUGGAACAUUUAGACAAAAACCGACUCCUCUUGUUUCACAAAUUCAACUCGUUAGUGAGUACCUACAUGGAGUCACACAAUGUCGUCGUUAACAUUGCAGAUUUGGACGACCUCAGUAAUUCUAUUGAAGGAAGAAAGUGUCCCGAUAGGGUCAGAGCAAUGGGGAGUAAAAACACAAAAGUGGACCUCAUGCAUAAUGCCAUGUUCACCGUGCAAGUCGAUUUCGAAAGGGACAGAGAAAAUGUGAAAAAUAAAUUAUGCACACAAGGAACGGGUGUCAACAAAGAGAGCGCGUUUUCGAACAGAGGAAAUAACUCUGUAGGAGGAGGGGGGGCGUCGCCUUGUCGUGGUGGACACCCCGUAAAUCACAGCAACAAUGUAGAGGAAGAACCAUUCGAUGAUGUAAACUACGAACAUGUGCUAACCGAUAAAAUAACCAUUAAUGAGUUCUUCCUAUUGAAUGAUCCGGCAUUGUAUAAUAGAGUCUGCCACGUGUAUAAGAACGGCGUGAACCUUUUCCACGUUGAACAACUACGGGCUGUGUUUUGGCUGUGGCUUCAGUCAAUCUUUCCGGAUGAUGUUGAGGGGGAGGAAGAGGCGGAGAGCGACGAUGCAUCUGCCCCCGUCGACCUUUUUGACUUAAAUAACCACAAGUUCUUUUACGACAACGUCGUGGCGCCCCCCGAGCCGGAGAACCUCUCCAUCCACGUGUUAAGUGACCUGAACAAUUUCGAACAGAACUUUAAACUGGUGAAGGAGUACCUCCUGGACAAGGGGUGCACCAUCGGGUACAACAAAAUGACGACCAAGGCGGGGGGAAAGCCAUCGGACCAUACAACAAAACUGAGCAGUAUGAUCAAAUACGUGAACAACCUGCAUGAAGAAUUCGUUGCCUACUGCAACUAUAAAAAGAAGGCAAAGGAAGUGAGUGACGAAAUGUUCGUUGAUUUUCUGGAGACCAAGAAAAAAAGUAUGACCAUCACUUCAAGCGUCGAGAAAGAGGACUACACCAACCUGGCCAAUGUUGUCAACAGGCACCUCAUCGGUAUAGAUAAAAUUCUAAGGUAUAACCCCAUUUUAAAUUUCUCCAACGUGAUCGAAGGAAUUAAAAGCCAGAGUUUCAUUCGGACGGAAGUAGAUAUCUCCCGAUUGGACUCACAAGAUUGGCACGACAUGUACGUUUUUCAUAGAAGAAAACGUAUGGGGCCCAGUCACCCUGGGGAAGACAGCACAAGUAGGACUGACCCCCUUCCCCCAAACCAUGUAAUAAACUUCAUGACCAAAUCAAAGUAUCAAAUAAAUACAAAACCCAAGACAUACGCAUCGACCAUUUUUAACUACUCCGAUCAGUUUAUAUCGAACAAUGAUAUUUAUUCCUUUUCGGAAAAUGUUAGCAAGUCGGGGAAGGAGUUUGGUGUUUUUGUAAAGGGCAAGAGGGACAAGUGCAAGCACAACUUCUAUCACAUCUUGCGCAAGGUGGAGCGCUACAUGAGUUGCGUCGCGUACAACUUGUAG